AUGGGUGGCGAGAGUUUGGUGGAGCAGCGGCAGGCGGAAGACAAGGCCGCCUGGGACGCCUAUUGGAAGGUCCGAGACCUCGACUCCCGAGGCACCAUCUACCCGCGGAUGCGCUACUACGUCCACAAGGCCUUCGAUAAGCCCGCCACCUGGUUCCGAGGUUCAUUUUGCUUCACUUUUGUUCAUUUUACUCAUGAAUUGAAUAGUAGCAGUAGAUUUAAAAAGUAACGAUUUUUGAAGAAAAAAGUAGCCGAAACUUGUUCUCUUUGCUUUUAGAGAUUCAGUUUUUUGUCCGCAUGGUUUUCGACAAGCCUGCCACCUGUUUUUUUUUUCAAAUCGCGGAACGAAGGAGCAUUUUUCAUUUCUUCAGUACAAAGUAAAUACAAUAUUUCGGCUCGCAAAUGUGUAAUUUUUGAGUUUGGUCUUCCAAAUGGUAUUUCUGACAAUUAGAAGACGAAAACAGACUAGUCGAACUGAAAAAAAAAGUUUUUUUUAAAAAUAAUCCAGGAAAAAAGAACUUUUGUUCAGAAACCGUCGUUGAACCGCUGAACAACAAGAACCGCCUACCUUACUAUCAUCGGCAGUUGAGCCGCGUUCCCGAGAUCGACGAAUGCGGUGUCAAUGAUAAGGUGAACAAAAACAAAAGUGAUGGAUCUUCGACUUUAUUUGCUAUGUGGAUAUUCUCCAAUUUAGAGAAGUUAUAAUUGUUUCCUGUUCCAGGCCUGCUACUUCGAGGCCAACGAACAAUAUCGUCUCGACAAGAUGGUUGACGGGUUCAUUCUUCAGGUGAAAAGCUCAGUUACCUUAAUUACUUGACUUAUUGAUCUUUAGGUCCUGAGACAACGUUUGGACCGUUGUAUGCUCUACAAUAAUCCCGACCAUUCUCCGUGUGUCAAGGUUUGUUUUUCGUCAUUUUCUUAUCUUCCCUCUUACCUCUUAAGGGACCACUUUGACAUUACCAAGUAUUUCAUUCAUUUGAACAUUUGAUGAUUACAGGGAGUCUAAGAAAAAAUUGAAAUAAAUUUUCCAAGCUUCCUGAAAAUUUUUUUUUGGGUAUCAGAACGAGUUGGAAAAAAAGGCGUUUUGAUAACCUUUUUCUAUAAGUCAAAUAAAAGACAAUUUUUUUGGGAUUUCGUUUUUGAUUUUGUACCAAAAAAAUGAUCUUUUUUUCUCAAAAAUCUUCAAUCUUUUAACGAGAAAACCCUGUAAAACAAGAAAAGCAAUCGAUACAGUAGACCUUAUCUUUUUUUUUUGCGCGUUAUUUCGCAAAUCGUGAAGAACCGUUUUCGAAUUUACGCAUCGAAGAAAUUUUCAAAUGAAAUCGACAUUUCAAGCUUCUUCUGUUUUGAAAAAUUGCUCAAAAAUAAACGAUUCUUCAAUUUUCCAGACAAGAAUAAAUUGCGAAUAACUUUGAUAGUCUUCACAUUUCUUUCACCGCUAGUUUGGACCAAUAAAGUAUGGUUUUGACGCGAAACGAGGAAUACGGUGUAGAGGAAAGGGUUGUAGACGUCUUUUAAUGGUUUUUUUUCAAGCUAGCGUCUAACCCCGUUAUUCUUCGAGUAAUAAAAUAGAAAGUGAAAAAAAUAAAGCGAUUUGGAUUGAAAGUUUUCUUGCCAGGCGAUCGAAGACGUCGAGGAGAACGAGCUGAACUUCUUCAUCAAGUACGGCGAGCUGGGCAGCGAGGCCGACGUCCGCGACGCCUACAUGAAACAGAAGCAUCGACUCGUCUGGGAACGACGUCAUCCGGAGAUCAUGGGCGAGAGAGCGCGCAAACUCGGAGAGCACAAGGCGAAGCUCACCGAGGGCGAAUUCGACUACUCGUUCUGGAAGAAGGGGAUGUUCUAUCAGGACAAGAAGAACUACGAGCCUCCCUACGAGUUCCAUCUCUCCAAGGCGACCAUGGAGGGCGACAAGCCCCUCUCCAAGGACUGGGAGUACUACAAGAAGGUAGGGAACUGGGCUCAAAAUGGUUGGAAUUGAGAGAUUUUAAGUUGGGAUUAGAUGUUGCUUGAGAUUCGAUACUUUUCAUGCAAAGUUGACUGGAAAGGAAGUUUAAGGGAAUUUUUAAGGACGGAGAGUACUACAAAAAAGGAGAAAUAAAUGUGCCAAAAAUUGGUCAUAAGUAGAACGUUGAGUUUAAAAUGCCGUUGAACACUGGAUUUUAAGUAAGGAAAAAAAUUUGUGUAGAAAAGGUUUGAAAGGGUCCGAAAACAGAGAAUUCCGAGUUGAAUUUUCAAAAGAAAACAUUGAAAUUUGCAGGUGGCCCAAGACCCGGAGUUCGACAAGGAACAGGGAAAGAAGUCGAACUUCAGCCUUUUCUAG